UCUACCAAGCCUGCGGAGUGCUCCUAAACAUUAAGAAAUCCCGUGAAUAUCUUCUUGCUACGAAGCUACCAAAGAAUUUGUAAAGAAAAGCCCAAAAAGUGUGCGACAAAGUUCAAUUUGAAGGAGAAACUUCGAGGAUAGAGCAAAGUGAAAAGGUAAGAGGUAACUUUUUGAGACAAUUUCCCAUUUUUUUUUGAGAGUGCAGGCCCAUUGCGACGAAUAUUGAUUUCCUGUGACGUCAUAAGCCUUGCACAAGAGUGCCAUGCGCAACGCAUAGAAGCUGAUGGUGAAGGGAGAGAGCAACCCUUAAGCGGGAGCGCUUAGUCGAGAGUCAUCCCGCGGCCGGUGCUCACGCUUUGCCCAGCGCUGUGACUUGCGCACUAUUGGGGUGAUUUAGAAAGGAUGCCAAAUUUCCGUCCGAAGCGCAAAAGUGAGAUGUGGAUGUCACACAAUCGUGUCCUCAUUGGGGGCAAUAAGAAAACCCACGCCCGCAAUCCGAAUUUUGAGACGGAAGAAACAAAGCUCCUCAUCUCCCUGUGGGGUGACCCAAAAGUCCAAAAGACCCUCAUUACGACGCACAAGAAGCACCCAGUGAUUGCCAAAUUGGCAGAGAGUAUGCGCUCCUACGGGUACUAUCGUUCACCAGCUGAAAUAAAUACGCGCCUCAAGAAUCUCAAAUGCUUCUACAAUCGCAUAAAGAAGGACAUGGAAAUGGGGGUGAUUAAUCAGCCCACGUGGAAGCACUACGAUGCCAUGGAGGAGAUUCUCAAUCGUCCCAUCUUCGGAUCACGCCUCACAAUGCAACAGCAGCAGAUGCAGCAUAAAAUACUCCACGAUGAAGCUACGAAAAAUCUACGCGGGGAUGAGAAUCAUGGCACUGAUAAUAUAGAUGGGGGCGAAUUGAUUGUGCCCAAGGAGGAACCUCUGGACAUUGAUGAUUCCGAUGAGGUCAAUGAGAUGGAUCUAGACAACGAUAGUUCCGACAGCUUUCCAAGUCAAUUGGCGCAGUAUCUACGUGUGGCUCCCAAAGGCUCCAAUGCGCACAACACUCACACAUCUGAUAGUCAGGAUUCCGGAUCAGGUGAACCCCUAAUUGCCCCGGAAGAUAUUAAGAAGUCCCCACCAUCGUCUCCACCGCCGAAGCAGGUGACAACAAGUUCUGGCCCAAAGAUUCUCCCAAAAUCCACAAGUACGCCCACAAGUAAGAUCUCCCUGGUGCCCACGAAUAUCCUGCUGAAGCCUCAAGCGCAGAAGAUGGCACUCAAUACGGGACCGACGUUCUUCAUGAAGAACUCAACCACUGGAGCUGUUCAGGCCAUCAGUUCUGUUGCCAAUUCACAGACUGGGAUGCCAAUGAAGGUACUCUUGGUGAAUACUCUACCGAAAUCAACAGCACCUGCUCCCACAAUCAUCUCAAAAGCCAGUCAAGUCAUGACGCAUGCCACGCCAGUGACUACAUCUGCGGACAUUAGGGGGCAAACUUCACCCAACUUCCGGCGUAAUUCCACUUGGAAGGUACCACCGAAGCCUUCAACAAUCGGUUUCCGGACACUUCUGACACAGGUGAUCCAACAACAGAAUUUGAGCCUCCAAGUGGCACGAGAGAGGCUUGCAGUGGAACGAGAACGAUUGGCAUUUGAAAAGGCAACAGGGGAGAAACUCCUGGAAGUUCUUCCCCUUCUUCAAUCCAUAUCUGACCAUGUGACAGGACGCAGGACAUCGCAGAGACUCAAAAAGCCCGCCAAUUCUAUUUCACACGAUAGUGAUGAUUGAAUUAUUAAUUCUCUCCUCAAUUCUAAGACAGAUCACUGCUGUUUCCAUAAAAUACAUUAAAUAAAUAGAAUUUUAAUGAG